AAGGGCAAAAGAACGCGGCGGAUUAACUCAAUUCCACCAAAGCCAAGGUCUCCACUGUAAUUCCCUGGUCUUUGGUCUCCUCGUUGUCUCUCGCUCCUCAUCGCAUUCGUUUUCUCUCUGUCCUCAUCGCAUUCGUUUUCUCUCUGUCCUCAUCGCCUUGAGCUGGAGAGAUUGCACAGGACGAUCCAAGUUCUAUUUUUUUUCCUCUUGCAGUAUCAUCUGGCAAGUUCCUCAGAUUCAACUUUGAAUUAAUAAUAAUAAUUCAAACAAAUUAGCUUCUCCUCUUUGUGCCUUAAAAUUUUGAUAAGUUAUUUGCUCUCUCUCUGGAUCCUGAUUGAUCCUGGAUAGAUUAUUGUCCGGUUUUGCUGGCAAGAACCGGUUGUGGAAGCUUGUGUCGUUUAUGUUUUAGCUGGUGAAGUCACCCGCUUCCUGAGAGUGCUUGGAGGUGUUUCUGGAUGAUUCAUGUUAGAAAGUGCGAUGUAAGGAACGGGCUAAGUGUUGGAAGCGAGAUGGAAGACCUUGAGCUUGAGGAAGGAGAGGCUUGCUGUUAUGGAAAUAAUAAUAAUAAUGCGUGUGAUAAUGAUUCAAUCAUUGACCCUGAAAUUGCUCUGUCCUACAUAGACGAGAAAAUUCAGCAUGUUUUAGGACAUUUUCAGAAGGAUUUUGAAGGAAUGGUGACCCCUGAAAUUCUGGGGUCAAAAUAUGGUUGCUACGGUUCAUUUUUGCCCACUUAUCAGCGCUCACCGCCUGUGCCUGAUUUAAAGACUGCACUGGAAGUCCCCAACAAUACCAUAGCAAGAUCCCCCAAAUUUACACUCUACGAGGGUGGUAGACAUAAUUCAUGUUCUUUAUCAAGCACUUUCAUAUCCACAAAGUCUGUUCCAACUUCCACAAAUGCUCUACUAGUUCCUGCUAGUAGGGCUCCUAUUCCAAAUCCUGGAGUCAACUUAUGCAUAACUCCUGCUAUAGCUGAGGAGUGUGCUUCAAUAUGUAAGACACUUCAGAAGCCUGCUGAUGCCUCUGAGCAGAAAAGUCUAAAGGUGCGCAUCAGAGUUGGGUCAGAAAAUCUGUCCAGUACAAAAAAUGCAGAGCUUUACAUGGGACUUGGUCUUGAUACUUCUCCAUCCUCAUCCUUAGAUAAUAGCCCCACAGAUAGUGAAGGUAUAUUUCACAGAAUUCAGGAUGCUCCAGAUGAAUCACCCACAAGCAUUCUUCAGAUCAUGACCUCAUCUCCCAUGCACGGAAGCUUGUUGCUAUCGCCUCUAUCUGAUGAUUUGAUUCAUCUGACAGAAAAAGAUUGGCGUUGGAGAAAAUGUGGAGCUAAACCUAUGCAUCAGACUGGUGCAGAUACUUCUGGGGUAGUGGCCAACAGGUUUGAUAGCAUUAGAGGAAGUAAGAAAAUCUCGGGUGAAAGGAAACAAACUUUACACGAGAAAGAUGCCAUAGUAAAUGGAUACGUAAGUGGUGAUAACUUGCCUUGUGAAGAACUUAUAUCCAGAACUAUGAAACUCCCUCUUCUGUCCAAGUCAAUUAGUAGUGUCUGUUAUCCUGUAAGUGGUUCCAAGACAAAUGAUAAUUUGACAACCAGUGCUGAAGGCAUUACGAAGGAGGAAUCCAUUGAUCAUACAGCCAAGGAGGAUUUACACCAUGUUUCUCCUGCAAAGAAUAAUGCCAUGGUGGAUAAAUCCAAUGGAAUAGUUGGAUUAUCUGUUGGGGUUUUGGUAAAUGAAAUAUCAAACAAUUUUGACUAUAGUGCAGCAUUUCCUAGGAAAGAAAAUAAUGAAGAUGUGGAGCAAGCUGAUGUUUUAAGCAACCCUGGGUGUAACAAAGGUACAAAAGAUCCAAAUACUGACAAAAUUGUUUUUUCGAGACCAUCAGUUGCUUCAAAGAUGACAUUAAAAAAAGAGGUGGGGAUGAGACUGGUCAAGAAACAAGUGUCAUCUGGAAGCAAGAAGAAACUCGGAGGGAUUCAGAUUCAUGAUGCCCGUGAGGAGAAUCUUUAUGAGGAUGGCUUGGUGACUAAUUCUUUUUCCGCACAUAAGACUAAAAGAAGCUCUUCUGGGAGAACAAGUACAUCCAAAAGUUACUCAAAGGGUGUCAAGAACCAUUCUAAAUCUAGAGAUUCAUUUACGGGAUUAUCUGGGAACCUAGAAGCUGAGCAAGAUGAUUAUAAAGCUUUUUCAGAGGGAACACAUUCACUGGAAAUGUUGAAGGGUUCUGAUUCUAAUAAUGGUACUAACCUGGUAGGAUGUUCUGAUGUGGUGAAAGAGAUAUCUAAAGCUUCAGAAGUUGAGAAGCGAUUUGCCUUGACAGAGCAUCAUAGCGUAGACCCAAACAUGAAAACAAUCACUGUGGUUGAGCCCAAUCCUACUUCUGCUCCAAUGGCUGAGGAUCCACUUGUCAAAGAAGAUUGGGUUAUGUGUGAUAAGUGUCACAAAUGGCGUCUACUUCCACUUGGAACUGAUCCUGAAAGUUUCUCCAAGAAUUGGCUUUGUAAAAUGCUUGACUGGCUGCCGGGUCUUAACCGCUGUAGUAUCAGAGAGGAAGAGACAACAAUGGCUGUAAGAGCUUUAUACCAGUUUCCUGCUGCUGUCAUUACUACGCCUGCUUCUGAGACACAAACAAAAAAUCAGAAUGAACAUCAUCAGAGGAACCUUGUGGGAUUAUCUUCAGUUGAUGUUUUUCAUUCAGAUCUGGAGAACAGAAGUCUUGGUUUACAAAUUGCAGUUGCUAGUGGUAAGAAGAAACAUGGAUCAAAAGAUUCUUCAUAUGAAAGCAAACAAGCAGGGAUGAUGCCAUCUUCAAGUAAAAACAAUAACUUUAAGGAAAUUGCGAAUGGUGGUUUAAAUGACAACGUCAACUCCUCCGCGGAUGAAAAUGGACAUAAAAAGUAUUACAGACAUUCCAGCGCCCCAAUUGCUGAGAAGCAAAACAAUAAACUGAAGGUGAAAAAACGGUUGCUUGACAGCAGAACUUCUGAUGGAGGUGGAAAAAAUGCAAAAACAAAAAACAAGUUAGAGACUGAUUUGGUUAAUUCCAGAGCCUCCAAGAAGGUGAAAAGAGAUGGCUUACCUCAUAAUGAUGAAAAUUGGACCACUGGCAAGGCCUGGGAAAGUGCAGGACCUAGCACAAGUUCUGGUAUGGAUCAGCAUAAAUAUAAAUAUAGAGAUUCAAAAACUUCAGAUAAAAACUUCCAGGCUCAUAAUCCAGUUAAUUCAAGUGAUGAGUCACUGCAUGCCAGCAAGUCCUACAGUAAGGACUCUUCAAAGAAGAGGAAAAGAAAUGGGAAUCCAGUUAAUUCAGGUGAUGGAUCACUGCGUACAAGCAAAUCCGACAGUAAGGAUUGUUCUAAGAGGAAAGGGGAUAGGCUUCGCCAUUCAGAGAUCUACAGUAAGCCAGUUCCUUUUAUGCCUGCAGAAACUUGUGAAAACGGCGGAAGGAAAGGAAGGGAAGCUAGGGCUUUCAACCCUGAGGUAAAACAUCCUAUUGGGAACAAAUUCAAUGAAGGAAAAGAUGAGAGGAGCAGAAAUGAGGACCAGCAAAUAGCGCAGUACCAAGCCAUGGAUUCUACAAAAAGGCAUCUAGGCAUUCUGCAGCCUUCCAUGACUGCCACUUCAAGCUCUUCUAAAGUUUCUGGUUCACAAAAGAACAAAUGUAAUCCUCUGGAACUAAGGGCUUCCCCUGUAGAGUCAGUGUCGUCAUCUCCUCUAAGGAUUCCUGGGGUAGUUGGAGAAAGCGGUGGGGGCAGUAAUAUGUCUGGGAUGGCUAUGAAGGAUGGGACUUGGGAUGUUCAUAAUGACUCCCAUGAUCGUCAGGAGGUGCAUUUGGGGAAUACACCAAGUGUUAAAAUGAACCUAGGCACUGUACCUGUUAGUGUAGCAGAUUAUGAAAAUGAAGUUGCAGGGAAUAUGCCUCUACGUGACCAGAAUGCAUUUAAAUUACAGAUAUUGGAGGAAGGUGAUGGCGAGAGGAGUUGUGGUCCUCUACAUGAUAAUAAUGGAACCACCAAGAAGAAUUCUGGGAAGGGUUCGUCUUCUAAACCUAAAGACAAGACUAGGUCUUACAAAUGUGAACUUGAUAAAUUGAGUGGUAUUGAUUCUUUAGAUCAAAUGCCCUCUUCUAGUGAAAAAUUAAAGGCUGGAAAAAUUAAGUUCAAGGAGAGAACUGGUAAUCAUUCAGAUAAGACUUCGGCAAAAGAUCACAGUGACACAUUCUUGAAUGGGAGUGUUAAAGAAGAAGUUCACUUAAAGCUUGCUGACAAUAAUGGUAGGAAUGUCAAGGCAGACACCAUUUCUGGGCUGGACAAGGGGCAGGUUUUAGUUCCAAAUAGAGGAGAUGAGUCCUGUAAGAAUUAUAUCUCUGGAAGAACUAAUGGACUCCCUACAUCUGGAAAAGGGAAAUCACUACAGCCAUUACCUACUAGAAGCCAAAAUGAGAUACCUACAUUUCAACAGUCAAUUCCUGGGUCACAAAAGGAAUCUGCAAAUUUGGUGCCUGUUGAUGAAGUUGAAUAUGAUGCUUCUAGGGCUAAGGAUGGUAAGAAAUCUCAGAGCCACAGUAGGGACCAACAUAAUGUUUCAAGACACUCUACGCCUACUCUUAACAAGGUCCGUGAUGUUGAUGCUCCCUCUGCAGUGCAAAAGGAUUCCCCCAAUCAAGCUGCUUCAAGUGCUGUAAAAGAAGCGAAAAACCUUAAACAUGUGGCUGAUCGUCUCCAGAAUUCUGGAUCAAGUGACAGCACCGGAUUUUAUUUCCAGGCUGCAUUAAAGUUUCUCACUGGAGCAGCUUUAUAUGAUUCAUGCAACACUAAUAAUGUGAAGCAUAUUGAGAUGACUCGGGCGAUGUAUAUUGAAACUGCAGAUCUCUGCAAAUUUUGUGCUCAUGAGUAUGAAAGAUCCAAGGAAAUGGCUGCUGCUGCUCUUGCUUACAAAUGCAUGGAGGUCGCAUACAUGCGUGUAAUAUAUUCCUCACAUUCUGAUGCAAGUAGAUAUAGAACUGAGUUACAGGAAGCUCUUCAAAUCUUUGCCCCAGGUGAAUCGCCUUCCUCCUCUGCCUCUGAUAUUGACAAUUUGAGCAAUCCGUUAGCUGUAGACAAGGGUGGCUUGACUAAAAGUGCUGGCUCUGCUCAAGUGACUGGAGCUAAUUUUAUGACACCGGAAACCCGUUUCAAUAUCACACAGAUGCUUAAGUUUGUACAAGAGGUUGGUCUUGCAAUGGAAGCCUCCAAGAGCUCAAGGGCUGCUUUGGCUGCUGCAAGUUCAAAAGCAGGAGACAAUAAGAGCAAAGAUGGCAUUUCAUCUGUUAAAAUGGCGCUUGAUUUCAAUUUCCAGGAUAUGGAUGGAUUAUUGCGCCUUGUUCGUGUUGCAAUGGAAGAGAUCAACAGCUAAAUGGUCAAGCUGAGAAAAAUAAGGCUAUUAUUUGCUCCAUUCUACAAUCAAAUUGAGGAGGAGAGGACGUCAACGGAUUGUAGCAAUCCCUGUAGUACACCUGUACAGUAGUAGCUGCCACAUUAAGUGUAACUAUGACAGUUUUUAGCGGCUUCUGUGGUCUCUCCCUAACUUGAAUAAGGAUCCUGAAGGGAGUAAAUAUCACCAUGACAGAAAUCUGAUGCUACUAACUUCUAGCUCCAACAGCCACUGGCCGCCAGUCUGAUGAAACUUGAUAACACUUCUUGGAAAGUCCCUUAAGAAAUGUGUUAUUAAACGCCUCCUAGACAAGAAAGUCAUGGAAAAAUGCUUGCAAUAAUGUGUGAACUGUUGGAGUAGGCUAUAGGUAUUAGAUCUGAACCGGUCAAGGAGGAGGAUGGAAUGAAUGUUGAGUAAGAAGAUUUUUUUCCCGAGUAAGGACCAACCUCGUAUGGCACUCCAUGCUAUCUCAGUUACAAGAAGUAGUUCUCAACUUCACGCAGCUACUGAAUUCUGUGCAUGGAGUUUGUUCUGCCAUGGCAACUUCCCGGAAACCAAGGUGACAAGGCAAAGAAAAUGUGCUGCAAGGUUAGAAGUCUGUAAGGUCUAAAAAAGCACGGAGGUGCAUGUAGAUGCAAGGAUAUUAUAAUAUAAGUUGCAAACAAGUUUGGUAACAUUUUCUUCUUUUUGGCUAGGAAAUUCUUCAUAUUUAAUUUCUAAAGCAGCCAAAAAUAAUCUAUUCAUUUUUCCUUUAAUAUUCUUUUUGUAUAUUGUACAAUUUUUUACUUGUUAGAGGCAAACUCCCCGCCUGUCUGUAAGCUAAUUGGAAUUCACAUGUAAAUACGUAUAUUAUUGUUCACACUUAUCAGAUGAGCAUGGAGAACGUCAUUAGAUGUUUUCUACUUUAACAUAAA